AUGGGCACUGUGCAGGAGCAAGGCGGAACAGCGGCGCCUUCGGAGUUGCUGACGCUGCCUGCCAUCGAAAUGAGCUUGUGCAGCAGCAGCUGCAGCAGCAGCAGCAGCCCAGCUGGAGCUGAAGAGCCUGCGGAGAACUGGGGCUCCACAGGCAGCUUCGCAGAGAGCCCUGCUUCCGCGGGGCAUCGUGAUUGUUACUGCUGCCUGGGCCCCUGCAACAGCCGUUGCGAGGCUGACAACAGCAAUCGCUGCAGCACCAGCUGCAAUAGCUCAAUUUGUAGCUGCAGGGGAGACUUCAAAUGGUGGGGAGAACAGCAAAGCAGUAGCAGCAGCUGCUCCUGCAACUCGACCAAGGAGAUGGACUGCAGCACAGUCUGCAGCACCUCUAGCAGGCCAGAGGAGCGGCUGUCCCCCCUUCUCUACACUUCCUCAGAGGCGCUUAACAGCAGGAGCAACAGCAACAACAACGAUAACUGCAAGCGCAGCUCCAACACCACCUGUAAGGGCGGAAGCCCAAUCCGCGGGGAGUACCAAUGGCGCGGCCGUAUGAAUCUUUUCCUCAGAAGGGCUGUUAUGGGCGACCUGACCAAAAGCGCGUGCGGCAACAGCAGCAGCAGCAGCAACGGCUGCUGCUGCAGGGCUUUGGAAGCACGUACGUUUGAAGCCACUCCACAGGAGGAGCAGCAAGACAAGGCGCCUAAACGUUGGCUUGUGGAGGCUGCAGACCCUGGCCCCAUAACGCCUGAGGCAGAGGAUAAACGGGUCUCCUUAAGUGGGGCCCCCACGAGUGAGGCUCCCGCGAGUGGGGCUUCUUUGGGAGCCUUCGCGCGCACUUGGCAGGAUGUAAAAGGGCCAAAGGAGCUGCACGCCGGAACCCGAUAUGAGAGUUCACAACAGGAACCGGUUCAUGAGAUUGGAAAAGCUGGUGGUGUGACAAAACCACAGACGCAGCAGUCGAAGGAAAUGCACCCGCUGCUUCUGCUAAGGGCAGUUAGGGAGCACAGUAGCAGCACGCCGAAGACGCAUAAGAGCAACAGCUGCGACGACAGCUCCGGCAUCCAUAACCUUGUUAGGCAGCCCCUUCGGCCGCUCCCCGUGGCCUACAGCAGCAGCAACAGUCCACCACCAGCGAGGACAGCUGCAUCAGAAGCCGAUUCAGCAGCUGCAAAAUCGUCGUCGCCAGCAGCAGUAGCAACACCAACAGCUGCAGCAACAACGCCAACAGCGGCGCCCACAACACCUGCAGCUGCUGCAACACCAACAACAGCAGCAACAACGCCAACUGCAGCAGCUGCGACUCCAACACCAGCACCAGUAGCCCAUACAGCAGAGGCAGCACCAACAGCAGCAGCAGUGUCGAUAUCAGGAGAAAUACCAACGGCACAAACCGCAGCAUCGCUGGUAGCAACAGCACAACCAACCACAGCUGGAACACAGACGGCAGCAACAAAACUACUAGCAGCAGCGCCAGCAACAGCUGGAACCCCAACAAAAAUAACAAUAGUCCGUCCUAGUGAGCCAUCAGUUUUGGCCUCAAGUGGGGGCUCCUGUGCUGCAGUGUGCCAGCAAGGGGCCCUUUCUUGUGAGCCUCGCUUCUGUUAUUGUCUCGAGCAUCUUCUAGCAGGUCUAUGUUGGGGACCCCCCUGUCUAUGCGGGGCCCUUCAAGAGUCUGUCCGCUGGGGCUUUGGGGGUACCUGCACGGUUGAAAGCAACCUUGUGAACCCGCAGCAAGAGCUCGAGCUGCUGCUGCAGCGCGCAGCGGCCAUGGCCCCUGUGGGAGGGGAGAGCCCCCUACAGGCUGUCCCCAUAAAGAAGAUGGCCGGCGACCGCCUUGGGGGUAUGAGCGCCGCUCAGACGCCGGCAGAAGGAAGCCUCUCCGCUCUCAGAGACUCCUUGUUACCCGCGCAAGCCAUGGCCUCACCUGCUGAAGGGGACAACUUCACAUGCACCUCAUGGAGCCGACCUGAACCUGGUGGGGCCGCCGGCCUGCCUCCCCUCCCUGAAUCGUGCUCUCCACACAGUGACUGGGGGAGUCCAGCACAGCAGUGGUCGGUCCCACAGAGGACCGAGUUUGAUGCAACGGAUAGCAGCAGCUGCAGCAGCAGCUGCGGCAGCAAAGUGGGGUCGUGGAACCCCACUUUGGUCAAGAAGCGCGGCUACGGGAUGAGCAGUUUUUCCAACGAGAAGGAAGACGGCCGACCGUGCCUCGAGCUGUUUGCACCCUUGCUUGGGUUUGAGGGUCCCCCAUUGGGGGCCCCUCAACCCCUCAGUCGCUACCCGCGGACGGCAUUGUGCGCGGACGCGUUUGUGUGCUCUGGGGUACAGUGGUUUGGGUCCUCUGAAGAUGAGGCGGGAGAGAGCGGAGCGGAAGGAAGCGGGAGAGCGCAUUUUCCUCUACCGAACUGCACCACUCGUUUCUGCGGGGGGAAGGCACUCGAGGCCGCAAAGCCCUACGCUAGGGAGGGGAGGCGCAGGCGAGAGGGAGGAGUAAGGGACAGAAGCAAACUGGCUGACGGGUUCCGAAGUGCCAGAGACUCCGGAAACACCACGCUUUAUGCCUCCAGCAGAAGAGUCGCUGGAACCCCCUUCUGUUUAAGGCCCAACACGAACCAGCAUCUGCCCUCCCCCCAAAGCUGCGGAAUUGCAACAAGGCAAGCGGCCACCUGGGGAGAUAUACCUGAAGCAGCCCGGACCGGAAAGCUCUCUGGGGGUCCCGAGGGAACAUCGGGCUCCAACGGCAGCCGCUGGAGGGACGGCGGGAGGGAAGAAACAAGAGAUUCUGCCUGCAGUGGCAGCAGCAGCACUCAUCAGACAAUGAUGGAAAUCGCGGCUGUGCCCGUGAGGACCAGGAAAGGUUUUAGGAAGCCCCUUCCUCUGCCACCUGAGAUGCUAGCAGCCAUUGCUGCUGCUGGACCCCGGCGGCCCGUGGAGCCCGUGCUGCAAUACGAUGGAGAGAGCAGAGAAUGGAGAGUCUUCUGGAUGGAAGAGCCACAAGCCAGAUAUAAAGUAUUUCAGUCCAAAAAAUUUGGCAAGGAAAGGGCCCAGCAACUUGCCUUGGAGUGGCUGCACCGCGCUAAGGCAGGGGCAAUUCACGGGUCUGGGAGGGGCCCCCGGGUUGGCGGCCCAUCAGCGUAUAGGUUCAAGAGGGGGAGGCACGAAGGCCCCCCUCUAGCCACAGAGUACAAGCACACCAGCAGCCCUGAGACUCUUCAACUCUCCACCCCCCACUCCGCAUUGGAGCUGUCCCCUGAGGCCUCUCCUGCGCUCACGCCCUUCCCGACAGCUAUUCCCGCGCUCUAA